AAGACUGUUUUGUCCUCAGUCAAAGGAACAGUCCAACGAUACAUACCUGUCUUUCUUCUUAAUCUUGUUAUCUUCGGUGUGUUGCCUCACAGGGUGAUAAACAUGUCAUUAAAGUGGCCUUUCAGAACAGAGGCUCGGAGAAGGAUGCCUACCGCAACAUGUCAGGGAAGGCAGCCCUGACAACACUGGACCAGAGGGUGCUGUCCAAGAUAAAGCGUCUUAAUGCCCUAAAACACACCACCCAGACCCAUCAGCACCGCCUGGAUGACCUGAAGAAGGAAUACCAGAGGAUGAAACCAGAGGGCAGCGGUGGAGCACAGUCUGCUGACGCUCGCAUUCGGAAAAAGGAGGAAGAUGCCAUGAACCUGCGGGCGCUGGAGAACAAUUUGGAGAAGACACAGUUUAAGUGCAAGGAGGCUGAGAACAUAAUGAUUAACUAUCAGAAACUCAAAAGUCACCUGCAGGAGGAGAGUCUGACCUUCCAGGGCCAGUUGGACAGCCUGGAAGCAGAAAUCCUGAAGCACAGAGAGGAGCUCCACAACAUGCAGGUCAUGAACAACGACGCCCAGCUCUCUAAAGAAGCUGCCAAGGCUGAGUUACAGCAGCUGGAGGAAUUGCUCUACAAGGAGCGUAAGGAGAGAGAGCGCAUUAUAGCCAGCUACAGGAAACAGGCUGAGGAGCGCAAGGCCCAGGCUGACAAAGUCGAUAGAAGGGCUCAGAGAACAGCCAUGCAGCCAGAUGAGCUGAGCAGUGAGGCCUGGCGCAGCACCCCCAGGAUGGCGGGCGAAGAGGAGAAGGCCAUCUCCACUUUUGAGGAGGCGUUCAGACGCAUUAAGGAGGCCACCGGAGUCACAGAUAUACAGGAGAUAGUGGCGCGCUUUAUCUCACAGAAGGAGACAUACCAGCAUCUGGAGAAUCUGAGGGGGGAGAAUGAGAAGGUGCUACAGCAGCUGAAGGAGCAGAAGGAGCUCCUGAACCAGCAGUUCCAGGAUAUGAAAUAUUCUGGAGAAGCCAAACUCUCCGGUGACCAGCAGAUGCUGGAGGAGUGCGAGCAGCAACUGCAGGCUCAGCAGCGGAGGUGCGAGGCAGCUGAAGAGCGUUUGGAUUGGCUCGCUAAAGCCCUCAGUACUGUCCGAGCCGGGGUGGAUCACCUCACAGACAAACUUCAACACAUCACGCUGAGUGAGGACACAGCGGCCGAGGCGUCUCCAGACUCAGAUGAGUUUGUGCUGCAGCUGAUGACUCAGUGUGAGCUGAAGCUGCAGUUGCUGCAGGAGGAGCUUCAGGGAAAGGACCUGGCCGCUAUUACGAAGGAGAUGGAGGAGGAGGAGUUCUAUGUCAGGAUUGAGGGGAAACUGCCAGCUUACAACACCCGAGUCAAGCUGCCUGACGACCAAAGACUCGACCUCUUCAACGACGAGGAGGAGAGUGAGGAGGACGAGGCUGACAUCGUCUCACGGGAGGCGCUGAAGCGUCAGUCUCAGCUCAUCAUCGACUCAAGGUCCAAGAAGAAGUCCUGGAAGAAGAAGAAGGGCAAGUUCUGAUCCAACAGCAGUCUCAAGACGUCACGCAAAAUAAAUGACCUGAACCAAACACUGACUGCAGUGUGAAAUGAGCUCACCGUGAGAACACAUAAGUCCAAGAAUUAUUGGCAAGUAGAAUCUGAGGUUUUAAGGAGCUUGUUGGCUGAAAAUACAAAUGAAAAUAUAUUUGUAGACAUGUUGAAAGAUGAAUACAUGUAUUUGUGUCUUUGAACCUGGUUAAUUGUUGUAUAAGUGGGUAUGUUUUGACAACAGCACUGUUCUCUGUCAGGUGUGACUGUUGCACCAACACUCAUCUCUCCUCCUCUUUUUCACAGUUCAGUUACACCCUCGGCCUCAUGAGAAGCCAAU